CGGUCCUGCGCCGGGGGCGUGGCCGUGGACACGUGGUGCGGAACCGGCACGGGACUAGCUCCGGGGUUUUGAAGAUCUGAGUCUGAGUUCUGGUUGAAAGAUGUCGGCCCUCACCAGCCUGUUUAAGUACAUUGAUGACAAUCAGGAUCGCUACAUUAAGAAACUUGCAAAAUGGGUGGCCAUCCAGAGCGUGUCUGCGUGGCCCGAGAAGAGAGGUGAAAUCCGAAAGAUGAUGGAAGUGGCCGCUGCAGAUGUCCAGCACCUGGGCGGCUCUGUGGAACUGGUGGAUAUCGGAAAACAAAAGCUCCCUGACGGCUCCGAGAUCCCGCUUCCUCCCAUUCUGCUCGGCAAACUGGGUUCUGACCCAAAGAAGAAGACGGUGUGUGUCUAUGGGCACCUGGAUGUGCAGCCUGCCGCGCUGGAGGACGGCUGGGACAGCGAGCCCUUCACCCUGGUGGAGCGGGACGGCAAGUUGUAUGGGAGAGGCUCCACUGACGACAAGGGUCCGGUGGCUGGCUGGAUGAACGCCCUGGAAGCUUAUCAGGAGACCGGCCAGGAGAUUCCUGUCAACAUCCGCUUCUGCCUGGAGGGCAUGGAGGAGUCAGGCUCCGAGGGGCUGGAUGAGCUGAUUUUUGCACAGAAAGACAAAUUCUUUAAAGACGUGGAUUACGUCUGCAUCUCCGAUAACUACUGGCUGGGGAAGAAGAAGCCCUGCAUCACCUACGGGCUCAGGGGCAUCUGCUACUUUUUCAUCGAGGUGGAAUGCAGCGACAAGGACCUCCACUCUGGGGUGUACGGGGGCUCAGUGCACGAGGCCAUGACCGAUCUCAUUUCACUGAUGGGUUCCCUGGUGGACAAGAAGGGGCACAUCCUCAUCCCUGGCAUUAACGAGGCUGUGGCUACCUUGACGGAGGAGGAGCACAAGCUCUACGACCACAUCGACUUUGACAUGGAGGAGUUCGCCAAGGACGUGGGAGCCACGACCCUCCUGCAUGACUGCAAGAAAGACAUUCUCAUGCACCGGUGGCGGUACCCAUCCCUCUCCCUCCACGGCAUCGAAGGCGCCUUCUCUGGGGCAGGGGCCAAGACUGUGAUUCCCAGGAAAGUGAUUGGCAAGUUCUCCAUCAGACUCGUGCCGAACAUGACUCCCGAAGUCGUGAGUGAGCAGGUAACCAGCUACCUGACCAAGAAGUUUGCUGAACUACACAGCCCCAACAAGUUCAAGGUGUACAUGGGCCAUGGUGGGAAGCCCUGGGUAUCCGACUUCAACCAUCCUCAUUACAUAGCUGGGAGAAGAGCUUUGAAAAGAGUGUUUGGUGUUGAGCCAGACUUGACCAGGGAAGGCGGCAGUAUUCCAGUGACCCUCACCUUUCAGGAGGCCACAGGCAAGAAUGUCAUGCUGUUGCCUGUGGGAUCAGCAGAUGAUGGCGCUCACUCCCAGAAUGAAAAGCUCAACAGGCACAACUACAUAGAAGGGACCAAGAUGCUGGCUGCGUACUUGUAUGAGGUGUCUCAGCUGAAGGACUGAGUCAUCCCCGUGGAGUGACACCCCUGCCCGAGUGCUCCCUCUCCUCCCUGCUUGUCAGGCCACGCUUACUUCCCAGAGUGGACACGUGGGUGUCCAGCUGCCUCGUGGGUGGAGUCACCUGCACCAGCAGUUAGGAGUGGUUAGGCCUGGGGUCACUGGGGUCCUGACAACAAUUGAGUCACCCAGAGAGAGUCUCAGAAUGGUCCGUACAACCUGACCUCCAGAAAUCAGCCACAGUCCAAAAGCACACCUUCUUCCAUGGAAAGUUCUGGUUGUCAUCACACUGGGCAGACAGAGGACUUGAUGCCUGGCUCACUCGAUCGAUGCUCACGUGGAAUCUUCAGAACGGAAACGAGGAGACCUGACCUGUCGCUGUCUAGGUCCUGGCCUUCUCUCAGGACCAGGGCUCCAUUUCCCCCCUCCUCUUUCUUGUGAUCCCUCAGAACCUAACUGGAAGGUGAAUAAAAAUGAAAUGAAGUCCC